AAUUUCAUUAUGUCAAAGUUCAAAGUUAAACGAAGAACAACAACACGGUCUUGCUGACCUGACCACUAAACAAGUCGAAAACACCAUUCUUCUUUCGCAAUCUUCACACUAGUUUACUCAUCUCAUCAUCAUCAUCAUCCUAUAUUUAUAAUGGAAAGCACGUACUCCAAUUCAUCCAUUACUCUCUCUCAAUUUUCUCAUCAAUGGCUGAAACCAAUAAUAUGGCCAAAGCCAAGAUGCUUUUUUCAACGGCGGCUUCAAUGGCCGCCACGGCAAUGGUGGUACGAUCAUUUAUGAAUGAUUUCCUACCCCAUCAAUUCCAUGACCUCCUAUUCUCACGCAUCGGCAAUUUCUUCAAUCGAUUUUCGUCCCAGAUGACUAUGGUGAUCGAAGAGUUCGAUGGUUUCGUCAACAACGAAAUCUACGAGGCUGCGGAGGUUUACCUGAGUGAGAAAAUCUCUCCAUCGACUCAGAGACUCAAAGUGAGUAAACCAGUGAAGGAGAAGAAUAUCACUAUCGCUAUGGAAAGAGGCGAAACCAUUGUUGAUUUCUUUAAUGGAAUCAAAUUCACAUGGGUUUUGGUCUGUUCACAAUCCGAAUCCCAAAAUUUCAACUAUAUGAAUUCCACGAUUCGAUCGGAAGUACGAUGGUUCGAGCUUAAAUUUCAUAAGAAACAUUUGAAUUUGGUUCUGAAAUCUUAUCUGCCCCAAAUUAUUGCUGAAUCAAAAUUAGCCAAACAGGAUAAGAAAACCCUCAAAAUCUUUACGAUUGAAAAUACUUACGCAAAUCUCGCCGAUAUUUGGAUGCCAACGAAUCUGGACCAUCCAUCGAAUUUUGAGACUCUGGCUCUGGAUUUGGAGACGAAGAACUUCAUUAUCAAUGAUCUUCAGAAGUUUUUGAAGAGAAAAGAUUAUUAUAGAAAAGUUGGGAAAGCUUGGAAGAGAGGUUACUUGUUGUACGGACCACCUGGGACUGGUAAAUCGAGCUUGAUUGCUUCCAUGGCUAACUACUUGAAUUUUGAUGUGUAUGAUUUGGAGCUUUCGAAGCUCAAUUGCGAUUCUGAACUUCGGAGAGCGCUCAUUGCAAUGGCGAACAGAUCGAUAUUGGUGAUUGAAGAUAUCGAUUGUUCUGUCAAUUUCGAAGAUCGAAACAAGGCUGCAGUAACAGACUCUGAAGAGAAUAAGGUGACUUUGUCUGGUUUGUUAAAUUUCAUAGAUGGACUAUGGUCAUGUUGUGGGGACGAGCGUAUCAUAAUAUUUACUACUAAUCACAAAGAGCGACUCGACCCGGCACUGGUGCGGCCGGGUCGCAUGGAUGUUCACAUCCACAUGUCUUACUGCACCCCUGAUGGGUUCAAGGUGCUCGCCUCGAAUUACCUUGGCAUUAAACACCAUGUGUUGUUUGAGGAGAUCGAGCGGCAACUUGAACCCACUGAAGUUACCCCUGCUGAAGUAGCAGAGGUACUUAUGAAGAGUGACAAUAAUCCUCAAGUUGCUUUAGAAGGUGUUAUUGAAUUUCUCAAUGUGAAGAGAAAGGAAAAUGAAGACGCUAAGUUGAAGAAAGAAAAAGAAGAGGGGAAAUAGGAUAGAAAAGGAAUUAGAUGAAGGAAAUAAUUCCACAAAGUAUAAGACUAAGAGGUCAAGCCUGUCCCGGCCAAAAAUUAAAAUUUAUUUUGAAAAAGUACAUAAAUUAAUCUUGGUCAGCCUGGACAAUUGAUGUAGUAAUCCCAUGCUGGGGAGUUGGGGGUCAUGUGUUCAAACUCGUGUUAUCUUGACAAAGAGUAAAAAGAAGAGGUCUUAAAUGUGAAAGUUCUACCUGCGAAUGAGAAAAGGGAAAAACUGUAAAAUAGGGAGGGGUAAAUUGUGAAAAAGAUAAUUCUAAGGGCAAAUAAAAAUAAAAUAAGCAAGCAACAGCUUCCACAGUUGAUUAAUAAGUGCCUCCACUAGUGCUGCUCCUAAGGUUUUAGUAAACAUUUUUGAGGGGGAUUUGAGCUCUCAUGGUGGACCCAUAUAAAAGCAAGAAAUGAGAAAAAAAAAUAUGUAGAUGUAUUUCAAUUAAUUACAAUAUACAUUUGUAAUUAAAAGUGAUAAAUAUUAAUAAAAAUUCAAAUUCCAUCAAA